ACGAGAUACACUUGACAGCUCCUGGUUCCGUUCAUGGAAUGUAUUGUCCUUCAUUCCUCGGCAUUACUCCGCGACGAGCCUACACCCACUUUGCCGCUAUGUCUCCCAAGGUCUUGAAGCCUCGUAGAGGGAAAGCGCCACCAGUUGAAUUCUCUCAGCCAGAGUACUAUUUCGAGGACGGUCUCCGCAAGGUCAGGCCGUAUACGCAGACAUAUCUAGCCCAUGCGAAGCAGCGCUGGGUUAGUCGCACAGUGCCUGAAGUCUUUGCCUCAGAGAUGCCUCGCAGGUGUACAGAAAAUAUGAUUAUCGAAGCCAUGAAGCGAGGCGACAUUCUCGUUAAUGAUGCUGUUGUAUCACCAGAUUAUAUUCUGAAGGGCGGCGAGAGUCUCUGCUCCCUAAAUUGCCAUCGUCAUGAACCUCCCAUACCUGACACGCCUAUUCAUGUGUUGGAGCAGACGAAAGACUAUGUCGUCUUUGACAAACCUCACGGGAUCACCGUUCACCCUAACGAACUCAAUUUCCACAACACCGCAUUGGAAAUCCUGCGGCGAGACCACGACAUUCCCACCUAUAUGCAUGCCAUAAACCGUUUAGACGCCGUAACUUCAGGAGUGGUCAUCUUCGCAAACGUCGCGGAUCCAACUGUCCGAGAACGGUUUCAGCCGCCAAAUGUAGACUCUGCAGCGGGAUCAGAUUCACUUGUACAGAAAGAGUACGUUUGUAGAGUCGUCGGCGAAUUCCCAAUAGACCCUAUCGUUGUCAGAGAACCUAUCCUUCAGAGUGCAGGGAAAGUCAGGGUAGAUUCCACUGGAAAGCCGUCAGAGACACGGUUCGUUAGGAAGUGGUAUGAUCCUGCAUCGAAUACCAGCCUGGUCUCUUGCUACCUCACAACAGGGAGACAACACCAGAUCCGGCUGCAUGUGGCACAUCUACAACACCCAAUUGUAAACGACAGACUAUACAACCCGGACUACAUGAAAGACUGGGCACCCAUGAACUCAUCGCUGACAGUCAACGGCGAAACACGGUUCUAUCCUGCAGACAUCCCGCCAGAGAAGCAGCCUUAUAUGCCAUACUAUUUGAACCCUGAGACGCCAUGUCACAAGUGUAAAGAGGAACUGGAAGGCAGUAAUACACCCAACCCAAGCAAUAUGAAGAUAUGGCUGAGAGCUAUCAGGUAUCAAGGACCCGACUGGAAGUUUGAGGUAGACACGCCAGACUGGGCAGAUCCAAGAAUCAUUGAAUAAAACG